CAGAGGGACAAACAGGAGACAGAGAAGCAGAGCACCGGGGAGCUGUGACACAGCAGCAGUAUCAGUAUCAGGCUAGGACUAGUAUCAGUCUAGGAGUGCCAUUGGGAGCCAGGGAGAGCAUCGCCAAUCCAGGACAUGGCGGGAGCCUCGGUGAAGGUUGCGGUCAGAGUACGGCCGUUCAACUCACGAGAAAUUGGGAAGGAUUCAAAAUGCAUCAUUCAGAUGUCUGGAAAUACAACCACAAUCGUCAACCCCAAACAGCCGAAAGAGACUCCCAAAAGCUUCAGCUUUGACUAUUCCUACUGGUCACACACUUCAGAAGAGGACAGUCAGUAUGCGGGCCAGCAGCAGGUGUAUUGUGACAUUGGGGAAGAGAUGCUGCUUCACGCAUUUGAAGGAUACAACGUCUGUAUCUUUGCCUAUGGACAGACUGGGGCUGGUAAAUCUUACACUAUGAUGGGCAAACAGGAGCCAUCCCAACAAGGAAUCAUACCCCUGCUUUGUGAAGAUCUUUUCUCUCGAAUCAGUGACACGACCAAUGACAACAUGUCUUACUCUGUAGAGGUCAGUUAUAUGGAAAUAUACUGUGAGCGAGUUAGAGACUUGCUGAACCCCAAAAACAAGGGGAACCUGCGAGUGCGUGAACACCCCCUUCUGGGACCCUAUGUGGAAGAUCUGUCUAAACUUGCCGUCACUUCUUAUCAAGAUAUUCAGGAUCUCAUGGACUCUGGUAACAAGGCCAGGACUGUUGCUGCUACCAACAUGAAUGAAACAAGCAGUCGUUCCCAUGCUGUCUUCAACAUCAUUUUUACCCAGCGCAGAAACGAUGCUGAUACCGAGACCACAACAGAAAAAGUCAGUAAAAUAAGCCUGGUAGAUCUUGCUGGAAGUGAAAGAGCUGAUUCUACAGGUGCAAAGGGAACAAGAUUAAAGGAAGGCGCAAAUAUCAAUAAGUCUCUCACUACCCUGGGAAAAGUGAUAUCUGCUCUUGCUGAAAUGGACUCUGGAACCAAUAAGAACAAAAAGAAGAAGAAAAAUGAUUUUGUUCCCUACCGAGAUUCAGUGCUCACUUGGCUCCUGAGAGAGAAUUUAGGUGGAAACUCUCGCACAGCCAUGGUUGCUGCAUUGAGCCCAGCAGAUAUUAAUUAUGAUGAAACCCUCAGCACCUUGAGAUAUGCUGACCGUGCCAAACAGAUUAGAUGCAAUGCUGUUAUAAAUGAGGAUCCAAAUAACCGUCUGGUCCGUGAGCUGAAAGAUGAGGUGUCACGACUAAGGGAGCUCUUGAGCGCACAAGGAUUGUCUGAUAUUAUUGACAAUGUCUGUCCUGUGGAUAACAGGAAUGCGCUACACAAACGUCACGCUGCUGACAAUCUCUUCACAGCCGUUAAUGCCCUGACUGGAAUGAGUCCUUCAUCUUCCAUGUCUGGUUUGUCUAGCCGAGCUGCAUCUGUCACCAGCCUGCAUGAGCGCCUGGCAUUCACACCUGGCAGUGAAGAAGCCAUUGAGAGACUCAAGGAGACUGAAAAAAUUAUAGCAGAGUUGAAUGAGACAUGGGAGGAGAAGCUGAGCAGGACUGAAGCUAUACGCAUGGACAGAGAAGCUUUGCUGGCAGAGAUGGGUGUCGCUAUGAGAGAAGAUGGAGGAACACUUGGAGUCUUUUCACCCAAAAAGACUCCUCACCUUGUGAAUCUUAAUGAAGAUCCUCUGAUGUCUGAAUGUCUAUUAUAUUACAUCAAAGAUGGUAUUACCAGAGUUGGGCGUGAGGACGCAACAAUGAGACAGGACAUUGUGCUGAGUGGCCACUUCAUUCGUGAUGAGCACUGUAUUUUCCGAAGUGAUAUAUUGGGCUGCGGAUCAGUGGUAGUGACUCUUGAGCCCUGUGAAGGAGCCGACACAUACGUAAAUGGAAAGAAGUUGACUGAGCCAUGUAUUCUGAGAUCUGGAAACAGAAUUAUUAUGGGUAAGAGUCAUGUAUUCCGUUUCAACCACCCUGAGCAAGCUCGCCAGGAAAGGGAGCGCACGCCCUGUACAGAGACCCCAUCUGAACCUGUGGACUGGGCAUUUGCUCAAAGAGAGCUCCUUGAGAAGCAGGGAAUUGAUAUGAAACAAGAGAUGGAACAGAGGCUCCAAGAACUGGAAGAGCAAUACAGAAAAGAACGUGAGGAAACUAAUUACCUUCUGGAACAGCAGAGACUGGACUAUGAAAGCAAACUGGAAGCAUUACAGAGACAGAUGGAUUCUAGAUAUUUCACUGAAGUGAAUGAGGAAGAGGAGGAACCUGAAGAUGAAGUUCAGUGGACAGAACAGGAAUAUGACCUGGCACUAUGGGCUUUUCGAAAAUGGAAGUGGUACCAGUUUACAUCACUUCGAGAUCAACUUUGGGGAAAUGCCAUCUUUCUUAAAGAAGCCAAUGCUAUCAGCGUGGAAUUAAAGAAAAAGGUACAGUUCCAGUUUGUUCUGCUGACAGACACUUUGUACUCUCCUCUCCCUCCGGACUUGCUUCCGCCUGAUGCUCAUACUGAAAGAGAAAGACGCCCCUUCCCAAAAACCAUUGUAGCUGUUGAGGUUCAGGAUCAGAAAAACGGUGCAACUCACUACUGGACCCUGGAAAAACUCAGGCAGCGCCUGGACAUGAUGAGGGAGAUGUAUGACCGGGCUGCAGAGCUUCCUUCUGGUCUAACUGAGGACUGUGAUAAUGUGGUGACUGGAGGAGAUCCUUUUUAUGACCGAUUCCCUUGGUUCCGACUGGUGGGCAGGGCUUUUGUGUACCUGAGUAAUUUGCUGUACUCUGUCCCUUUGGUUCACCGAGUCGCCAUUGUCAGCGAGAAGGGAGAAGUGAAAGGAUUUCUUCGGGUUGCUGUUCAGGCCAUAUCAGCUGAUGAGGAAGCUCCUGAUUAUGGUUCUGGAGUCCGGCAGUCUGGCACAGCUAAAAUAUCCUUUGAUGAUCAACAUUUUCAAAAGUUCCAGGCUGAAACCUGCCCAGGAAUGACGCGCUCAGGCACUUCACAAGAAGAGCUUCGUAUUGUCGAGGGAGGCCAAGGACAAAACCCAGACUCUCAUCCUUCUGCUGAUGAAGUCAACAACAACACCUGUUCAGCUUCUCUGCAGUCAUCCUUGUUGGAUAGUCCUACAAAGGCACCGUUUGACCUCACAGAUACCAUGGGCCACCCCCUGAAACUGGGCAGCAUCUUUACAUUCAGAGUGACUGUCUUGCAGGCAUCGAGUAUACCUCCAGAAUAUGCUGACAUAUUCUGCCAAUUCAAUUUUAUUCAUCGCCAUGAUGAGGCCUUUUCCACUGAACCAUUAAAAAACACUGGCCGAGGGCCACCACUGGGCUUCUACCAUGUGCAAAAUAUUGCUGUGGAGGUCACGCAGUCAUUUGUGGAAUAUGUGAAGAGUCAGCCAAUUGUCUUUGAAGUGUUUGGACAUUAUCAGCAGCAUCCCUUCCCUCCUCUGUGCAAAGACGUUCUAAGCCCUCUCCGCUCUGCCAGACGCCUGCUUCCAAGGGUCAUGCCUCUGUCCAAACCAGUUCCUGCCACUAAGUUGAGCAGACAGCGUGUUCCCAGUGUGGGUCCCUGUCACUGCAAGUAUGACCUGAUGGCUUAUUUCCAGAUCUGUGAACUUGAAGCCAAUGGAGACUACAUACCUGUAUCAGUAGAUCAUGGAGUGGGCUUGCCUUGUCAUGGAACAUUUCUUCUUCACCAGGGUAUCCAGAGACGCAUUUCAGUGACACUGGUGCAUGAAGCUGGCGCUGAGCUGAAGUGGCUGGAAGUGCGAGAGCUGGUUGUGGGUCGCAUCCGGAAUACUCCAGAGGCUGAUGAGUCUAUUAUUGACCCCAACAUCUUGUCACUGAAUAUCCUAUCUGCGGGGUAUCGGCCCCCUGAAGGAGGUGAUCGGCAGUUUCUUGAUUCUGACACUCCUAGCUGCCAAUCCGGGAGGGGCACCAGGACAUUCUAUCACUUUGAUGUGGCCUGGGACAGCUCUAUGCACAACUCUUUGUUGCUGAAUCGUGUCACUCCAUACAGAGAGAAGAUCUACAUGACUUUGUCUGCCUAUGUGGAGAUGGAAAAUUGUACACAGCCUGCUGUGAUCACAAAAGACUUCUGCAUGGUUUUCUAUUCUCGAGAUGCCAAACUCCCAGCAUGCCGAUCCAUUCGGAACCUAUUUGGAACUGGCAGCUUACGAGCCUCUGAAAGUACUCGGCUUACAUGCAUGCUUAUGAACAUGAGAGGCAAGGUGGGAUAUGCACCAAGUAAUCGUGUGACUGGAGUUUAUGAGAUGAGCCUGUGUCGGGUUGCAGAAGCCAGUAGUCCAGGGAUGCAGCGGAGACGAAGACGUGUGUUAGACACCUCGGUAGCAUAUGUACGAGGGGAGGAAAACCUGGCAGGGUGGAGGCCACGGAGUGACAGCCUUAUCCUUGACCACCAGUGGGAACUGGAGAAACUCAGCUUGCUUCAGGAGGUGGAGAAAACUCGGCAUUACCUGCUGCUGAGAGAGAAACUGGAAGCCACUCUCAGGGGAGCCACAGAAUCUCUCACUCCUUCCCCAAGCGAGGAGAUGCUGCCUCUCAGCCCAACAAGUCAGCCAGUUCAGAUAACAGAGGUUGGAUCACCCCGUGCAGAAGAGAACCCACUAGAAACUGCUAGCGAAAGGCAGAAAGAGCUGGCUGUCAAGUGUCUUCGUCUGCUUAGCCACACCUUUAACAGAGAGUACAGUUACAGUCAUGUAUGCGUGAGUGCCAGCGAGAGUAAGCUGUCUGAAAUGUCAGUUACACUUUUACGGGACCCCUCACUGUCUGGCUUAGGGGUCAGCUCCCUCACACCAUCCAGCACAUGCCCUUCACUUGUAGAAGGACGUUACUACAGUCCUGAGGCUAGCCCACAGCCUAUCUCCUGCGCAUUCAGCCCUGUGAGAGACCUGCUGAGCCCAGCUGGAGACCUACAGAAAUCUCCCAGUGGUGAACUGAAGACUCCCACUUUAAAUCUGUUUGUACCUGAAAUACAAGAGGUCAGAGUUAGUCCGAUUGUCUCUAAGAAGGGAUACUUGCACUUUCUGGAGCCACAUACUGGAGGCUGGGUGAAGAGAUACGUAGUAGUCAGACGACCCUAUGUCUAUAUUUACAAUAGCGAUCGGGACCAAGUGGAGAGAGCCAUCCUCAACCUCUCCCAGGCCCAUGUUGAAUAUAGUGAGGACCAACAAGCUAUGCUGAAGACCCCUAACACAUUUGCAGUAUGCACCCAGCACCGUGGCAUCCUUCUGCAGGCCAGCAACGACAAAGACAUGCACGACUGGCUCUACGCCUUUAACCCUCUCCUGGCUGGCUCCAUCCGGUCCAAACUGUCCAGGCGCAGAUCAGCCCAAAUGAGAAUUUAAUGGGAUCCUUGUUCUUCUUGCCCUUUCAUUACCAGGUUACACCUUCCGUUCAAUUCUCAAACCUGCAAACAACAACCUGGCUCCUCUUGGCUUGGCGCUGUCACUCGGCUUGGGUUUAACUUUAAAGCUGUUCCUGAAGAUCCCAUUUAAUCUCACUGUGCUGCACUUUCCCUCUGCUCCAACUGAAUUGUAUUCUCUCUUCCUGACUGUAUAUAUUCAUUCCACCACACUUGGUAGAGCAGAGGAGAGUAUUUUCUCUCCCGUAGUUGAGUUAACUAAUGUAUUAGAAUAAAAAAGUGACAGAAGUACAAACAGAAGUGCAUAAGGGACAAAUGAAGGAGAUUGCUGCUUUGCUUGUCUGAAAAGAAAAUGGUGUUUUAGUAAUGGAAGAGAUUAUAUCUGUGGCAGUGAUAAAUGUGGAUGCAAUGCUCUGAAUGUCUCUAGAGGGAUGUGAAAAAGCCAUGCUCAAGCAAUGAAGUGUUACCCAUUCAUGUAAAACCAUUUCCUUGCACAAUUCGCACACUUUAAAUAUCACAUACAUGGGCACUCUUCCUAAAUACUAAGGCACCUCUUAUACAUGGUUAUUUUUCUUCUAUAGUCACCUCAUCACCUUUAAAUUAGCCUCAUUAUCCAGUCUAAGAAAACAGGAGUUAAAU